GGUCGAAGAGGGAUUUGGGGUUUGUUUCCUUCUUCUUUUUUAUUCUCUCUGAAGAAUCGAAUCCAUAUCUGGUGCUUCUUCAAUGGCGGGUCUCUCUCUCAAAUGCGGGGACUGUGGGGUCCUUCUCAAGUCUGUAGAAGAAGCUCAAGAACACGCAGAGCUUACUUCGCACUCCAAUUUCUCAGAAUCAACGGAAGCCGUCCUCAAUCUCGUCUGCACUACUUGUGGCAAGCCUUGCCGAUCAAAAACUGAGAGCUCAUUGCAUAAGAAAAGAACCGGUCAUUCUAAGUUCGUAGAUAAGACUUCAGAUGCAGCCAAACCGAUCUCUUUAGAGGUUCCAAAGCCCUCUGCUUCUGCUGAGCCGGAGGAAGGUGUCGAAGCUGGUGAAAGUAGUCAGUCUGAAGAAAUGGUUGUUCCUGAAGUUGACAAGAAUCUGCUUGGUGAACUUGAAGCAAUGGGUUUCCCAAAGGCCCGGGCAACACGUGCACUUCUUUAUUCUGGCAAUGUUAGCCUUGAGGUGGCUGUAAAUUGGAUUGUUGAACACGAUAAUGACCCAGACAUUGAUGAGAUGCCCAUGGAAAGGAUUCGAGCUGGUAAGGAACUACUUGAAGCAAAGAGAAUUGAGGAAGAAAAUGAAAGAAAACGUUUAUUGGCCUUGCGGAAAGCAGAAAAGGAGGAAGAAAAAAGAGCAAGGGAGAAAAUCCGACAGAAGCUAGAGGAGGAUAAGGCAGAAAGAAGGCGGAAGCUUGGGUUGGCACCUGAAGAGCCUGCAUCUGUAAAACCUCCUACAGCUGUUGUGGAGGAAAAAAAGAUUUCGUUGCCUGUUAGGCCUGCUACAAAGGCUGAGCGCAUGAGAGACUGUUUACGAUCUCUCAAGCAAAAUCACAAGGAUGAUGAUGCCAAAGUGAAGAGGGCAUUCCAGACUCUUCUUACUUAUGUAGGGAAUGUUGCAAAGAAUCCCAAUGAGGAGAAGUUCAGGAAGAUUCGACUCAACAAUCCAUCAUUUCAGGAGAGAGUUGGUAGCGUAGAAGGGAGAAUUGAGUUUCUUGAGCUCUGUGGAUUUGAAAAAAUUGAAGGCGGCGAGUUCUUGUUUCUUCGAAGAGACAAAGUUGGCAUGCCAGUGCUAAACACAGCUGGGGCAGAGUUGAACUCUGCGAUUGUAAAUCCUUUCUUUGGAGUUCUCUGAGUAAGGAGCAACUCUCAUUGUAAGUUGCGGAGUCUUUUCCUAUUUGGGCUCAGAAUCUGUGUGAAUGGAUUGUUGGUUUUAUAGAAAUGAAUCAAUGUAGAAGUUUUCAUGUA